AUUUGAGCCUGCCUUUUUAUUUUUAUAUCUACCACAACUACACAUGUCGUUCUUAUCUCUAACUUCCAAAAGCUUUUCACUUAUUUUAUUCCUGAGUGCCAUCGUUUAAGAAGGCCAUAACCCUCCUCCUCCAUUUUCAUACCUUCUACGCAACAACUUUGCAGCUUUGUUUUCUUUGUAUCUCCGCAUCUGCAAUACGUUUUGUUCUCGUUGUUCAAACAAAUAAAAGUGCAAUAUGAAAGGGAAAACCAAGCAAAGCAAGUUCAUCCGGUUCAUUCGCCUGCCGUUGACAGUUUUAGUGAAAGCUAGGGAUUUUUAUGUUCGGAGUUUGACAGAAUAUGCAGCAAAGGGCAAUUACGGCAACGGCAUGGCCUCUCAAGGAGGCCAAUUCCCUUCACUGCCCAAGAGCUUCAGCGUCGGCGCAUCAAGGUCUAACGACAGCGAAGAUUACAGAGAGCUCAUCAGAGCUGCCUCUGUGAGGAGCUUGGGCCACAGAAACGAAGUGGACUUACUGAUACACCAACAUUUAACGCAGUCGGCUGUUAAUAGAUCUAAAGAGUUCCCCAAGAGUAGCAGCGUUGGGAUGAGAUUCAUGGGGAGAAUUGAGGAGGAACAAUCUUGUGAUUUAGAAGACAGUGUCAAAGGGAAUAAGACAGAUAACAACAAGUUCACACGCAGCAGAACCGUCGCCGUUUGAAACACCACCAAGUCCAGUCCAGGGUUUUAAUAUUUUUGUAAGAAAAGACAACUGUUUUUACUCAUUUGUUCUGUGUCUUUCAAAUGUUUGUCAUAUUUUUCGGGACAAAAAUAUGUAACAUAAUUCAAUUCAAUUAAAAAUGGUACUACCUGUUUCAUCCCA